AGGUUUCUUGGUGGAGCCAGCUGUGCGGCAUGCAAGCUAAAGCUGUGCACCUCAGUGGAAAUUGCAAAUGGCUGCACAGGCGUGCCUCGAUUAUUCACCUAUGAUUAUCCUCGCGUUCGUGAGCGCUGCCCUGACGCAGUCUACGCUCGUACCGAGGCUGCAGAACCCAUGCGCAUUGGGCGGAGUGACCUUUUGUUUAAUAUCGUUUUCAAUUAAUAUGGGCAGUUUAGAAAAGUGUGAAGUGCAAGGGUCGAACUCCGCGUUUCACCUGAAUCAGGGCCACGUCCAGCUCUAUGGCUCGUCUCUGAAACAAGAGCGGGAUUUCGGAGAGGAAAAUCGGCACGAAAUCUGCCCGACCGUCGUUCACAGCUACUCUGCUGUUCGCCCCGACGAAGAAGCAGUUUCCGCGAAAGAUACCUAAAAUCGUAUAGGUUCAUCCUCUUGCCGUACUCCGUCAUGGCCUCCACCAGAGUCAAAGGCGUAGCAGCUGCUCCGUGAAUGAAAACUAUGUCUCCUGGAAAGGUGAAUCGUGUUAUUCUCUAUGAGUGAAGAAGAUCAUGUGAAGUAGGAGAAUCCGGACCAGAUUUGAUCAUCUGCACGGCCUCCUCCUUUUUCAUAUAGGCAGGCUUCCUGCCGACGAUUGGAGCGAUGGGUUCCCUGUAUAGAACAUUGCUUCGCAGUGCUGCCGACACGGAAUAUUUACGGAUUGCGUAUCUGACGGGUUGCAUCUUCGGAUAAAUUCCGAUUAAUUUUCGCAACACUCUUGUGGCAACAGCGACUCGUUUAAUGCGCACUUCGAUUUCUCGGGAAAUUCGUCGAAAUUUUUUGAGAACCCCGGUUAAGUGCGAGCUGUUGGAACCUUCAAUGAGUAGUGCAGAAUGUGUCAGGCAUUCGGAAACGGCAUGCACUUGAGUCGUUCGAAUGCGCGGAAAAGGUCAAAAAGUGCCACCAGUCCCACGCGGUGGACCUACUCUCGCACGCGCGCAACCGCGUUCAAGAACGGCUUGUCCAUACGCUACGGCACGAGCCAGUGCUACAUCACGUGUACACGAAGUGGCCCCAUUGUCAACAAGCUCUUUGGCAAUGAGCUCUCCAAUCUUGUUCUCAAUGGCAGAGCGUUUCUUUGGCGGGUGCUCAGGCAGCGGGACAUUGCUCUCCACCAAUGCGUCAAAGUGAGAAACAUGGAUGAUACCAUCACCAAAUGUCCUGGUUUUCUUGGAGCCAACUUGCCGCCGCCAUGUCAUGGAAUGUUCUGA